ACACUAUUGGGCGUUUAAAAGCCGUGCUCGGAUUUCAUUGGUCGAUCACCCGGUGGAGGCGGGCACAUAUUCCCAAACCGGGAAGUAGACCUUCGACAAACGCAAUAUUAUAUGGCUAUAAUUUAAUGGCGUGCGGAGGGAAGUAAACUGCAUUGUCGAAAUAUGUUGUCUAUUUUGGUUGUCGCGGGUUUGUGGAGCCACGCCGGAGCGUUAGAAAACGGUUUGGCGAGGACACCGACGAUGGGCUGGCUACACUGGGAAAGGUUCAUGUGCAACAUCGACUGUGAAAAAGACCCGGAUAAUUGCAUUAGUGAGCGACUUUUCAUGCGGAUGGCGGAUGUGAUGGUGGAAGAGUGUUGGAGAGAGGCCGGAUAUCAGUACAUUUGCAUCGACGACUGCUGGAUGCAUCCCAGGCGGGACGCACAGGGCCGCCUGCAAGCAGACCCCGCCAGAUUCCCUGGCGGCAUCAAGAAACUGGCCGACUACGUGCACUCCAAGGGUCUGAAGUUGGGCAUUUAUGCAGAUGUUGGCAAAAGUACCUGUGAAGGAUACCCAGGCAGUCUGGGUCACUAUGACAUCGACGCCCAGACUUUUGCAGAGUGGGAAGUGGACCUGCUGAAAUUUGACGCCUGCUACAUUGACUGGACUUUGCUUGGGCAAGGCUAUGUGAACAUGUCCAGAGCCCUGAACAGAACCGGAAGACCCAUUCUCUACUCUUGCGAGUGGCCUCUACAUGAAAGGCAAUUCCAAAAGCCCAACUACACAGCAAUUAGAGAGACAUGUAACCAGUGGCGCAACCAUCCAGAUGUUUAUGACUCAUGGAGCAGCAUCAAGGCCAUCUUGGACUGGACGGCAACUAAUCAGGCUGAGCUCGUCCCCUCAGCCGGUCCUGGGGGCUGGAAUGACCCAGAUAUGCUGGUGAUAGGGAACUUUGGCUUGAGCCCGGACCAGCAGGAGUCUCAGAUGGCACUCUGGGCCAUCAUGGCGGCACCGCUCCUCAUGUCCAACGACCUGCGAGCCAUCUGUCCGCGCUCCAAGAGGCUGUUGCAGAACCGCCACAUCAUCGACAUCAGCCAGGACGCACUGGGCAAACAGGGGUACCGCACAGCCAAGGUGGAGGGAAUUGAAGUGUGGGAGAGGCCUCUGUCCAAUAGCAGGCUGGCUAUGGCCGUACUUAACAGACAGGAGAUCGGAGGUCCACGAACAUUCUCCUUUAAAGCAGCCUCUGCCUGGAAAAUGUGCAGGCCGCAGUGUGAGGUUACCCAGAUCCUGCCUUGGUAUGAGGAGAUGGGCUUUAAGACAGAACACCAAGUCAGUGUUAACCCUUCAGGGACUGCUCUCCUGAUUAUCACACCCAGCAGCCAUGCAAAGUUUAAAACUGAUGAGAUGCAUUGGUUGGAAAACGUGGACGUUCUAUAGCCAGGCAUGUGAUUUGAACUUAAUGCAUCGUCAAAAGCAGUGGUUCGUAACCUUGUUGGAGGUACCGAACCCCACCAGUUGCAUAUGCACAUUCACCGAACCCUCCUUUUUUUUUCAAAUUCAAGACAAAGUUAUUAUGUUUUUGGUAACACUUUAGUAUGGGGAACAUAUUCUAAGUAACAAAGACUUAAUUUAGAGUUUAUUGAACACUAGGCAGGCAUGUGAUUUGACCACAAUGAAAAAGAAUGAAAAUGAAAAAUUUCCGGGGGUCUGGGGGACGAAGGGCCCCAUCCAGGUCCAGGGGGACAAGGGGGGUGAUGCCCCCCGAAGCUCCUGGUUUUUCACCAAUUUAACAUGCUAAAAUUAACAAAGACAGCACCAUUUGAAGAAAAUAUUUUAGUGUUUAAAGACAUGAAAACAUAAUUAAUAGAACAUACCUUGCUUCAAGUUGUUUCAUAUGUUUUUGGCGUUUCGCAUGUACUUCUAAAGCCUUGAAACCUCGUGAUCCAUAGUCAAUAUUAUGACACCACGUACACAAAACCUUUCCGGGACGAUCGAUUUUCCGAAUAAAAUCACCGAACAAAGUCGUAACUUCCUUCUUCCCAACAGUAUUAGUGAUUUCCCUUUCCAUCGAAACUUAUUUUUGACAUGUUUAUCAAUUUCUUUUACUCGUAAAGCGUCCUUUCUCUCGAGAACCGACAUCGUUUACAUAUGGAAAAUGGCGGUAAUAACCAUGAUGAAUGAUGACGUUAUUAACGUCAUCAUUCAUAACAGAUGUCCUGAUUGGUCACAAGGAACAUAUCGACCAAUCAACUACGGCGUAAUAUAAACUACGUCUCGAAUCAUGAUUUAGGGUCAGAAAAAAAAACUGAAAAACGGGAGAUACAUUUUUUCCCCCCGAGAUUAAAAAAGACGGAAUUCUGACUUUAGACGGAAAAAUCACAUGCCUGCUAGGGGAACAUAUUCUAAGUAACAAAGAGUUAAUUUAGAGUUAUUUGGUUAGGGUUAUAAUAAGGUCAUGCCGAAUAAGGCAUUAAUAAGUACUUAAUAAUGACUAGUUAAGAGCCAAUAUGUUACUAAUUUGCAUGUUAAUAAGCAAUUAAUUAAUGGUGAAUAUGGUCCCCAUACUAAAGUGUUACCAUGUAUUUUACUGGUGCACAAAAUGAACAUCACCUUGUUCAAAGAACAAAACCAACACAGUGCAUAAACUCACAACAAAUGACACACCUGCAAAUCAGUCUGAGUUCUGCUGUUGACGUAUCCGUAAUACGCCGAUAGGGAGAAGUUUUUAUUUACACGACGAGUCGGGUGUGUUUUGACCUUCGCCGAACCCCUAGGGUUUGAUCGAACCCAGGUUAAGAACCACUGGUCUAGAGCAAAGAGUACAAGAUCAAGGGUGAUGGGUCAAAUGCAGAAAAUAAUUUCACCACACCUAAUGUAUGUGUGACAAUCAUUGGUACUUCAACUUUAACCAUUUAUUCUAUUAGCUAACUUCCUUUAUCUAAUUAGCCAUUUGUGAGUUAUAGCAUGGUAUAACUAUCUUGCAGUCAUGUUGUUUAUGUUUGAAAAUGAUUCAACUAUUCAAUGUCAAAAUAUAAACAGUAGAAACGUCAGCUAACCUCUUGUAAAACACCAAUGAAAAUGAAAUGUAUCAUUCAGACAGGCUUUACUGUAGCAAAAGUCAUCACGUCUGCCACAAUCGUGUGUUCUUAAAUGUGUAUUCCAUGUCUUACAUGGCGAGAGCAGUUUUGAUUUGGGCUUACAUGGUAAACAACUCAAAUGAAUGUUUUAGACACAUACAUUUGUUCAAGUGUGGUCAAGUAGACGCAUUAUGUGAAAAAUCUAAUAGAAUACCUCGGCUGUCUUGUUUUUUUUAAUAUAUAUAUAUAUACCGUAUUUUCCGCACUAUAAGCCGCCCCGGGUUAUUAGCCGCACCUUCAAUGAAUGGCAUAUUUCAAAACUUUGUCCACCUAUAAGCCGCCCCGGACUAUAAGCCGCGCCUACGCUGCGCUAAAGGGAAUGUCAAAAAAACAGUCAGAUAGGUCAGUCAAACUUUAAUAAUAUAUUAAAAACCAGCGUUCUAACAACUCUGUCCCAAAAUGUACGCAAAUGUGCAAUCACAAACAUAGUAAAAUUCAAAAUAGUGCAGAGCAAUAGCAACAUAAUGUUGCUCGAACGUUAAUGUCACAACACACAAAAUAAACAUAGCGCUCACUUUCUGAAGUUAUUCUUCAUUCGUAAAUCCUUCGAAUUCUUCGUCUUCGGUGUCCGAAUUGAAAAGUUGGGCAAAUGUGGGAUCCAAAAUGGCCGGUUCCGUCUCGUCAAAGUCAUCGGAGUCAGUGUCACUGUUGUCCAGCAGUUCUGUGAAUCCUGCCUUCCGGAAAGCUCGGACCACAGUUGUGACCGAAAUAUCUGCCCAGGCAUUUACGAUCCACUGGCAGAUGUUGGCGUAUGUCGUCCGGCGCUGUCUGCCUGUCUUAGUGAAGGUGUGUUCGCCUUCGGUCAUCCAUUGUUCCCACGCCGUUCGCAGUCGUGAUUUGAAUGCCCUGUUGACACCAAUAUCCAGCGGCUGGAGGUCUUUUGUCAAUCCACCCGGAAUGACGGCGAGUAUUGAAUUAAGCGCGUAAGCGUGUCUCUUAAUGUGAUGUUAUGAGCUAGCAAAUAUAACAACUACACUACCCAGCAUGCAACGAUAGUGACGAGCAUGCGCGGUAGCCCUGAGAAGCGUUGUUGUAUGUGCUGGCAGUUAGAAUGUGGUUAUGAGCAGGCUGUGAGUAAACGUUGAGAACUCAGUUAACACGCCUCGUCUUCAUUAUUUAUAAUUACAGACAACACACUUAAUAGGAGCCAUUUUGGGGUCUUUACAUAAACACACAAAUGGAAAUGAAACGUCACAUAUCCCAGCAUGCACCGCGCGCUUCUUCGUCAUCCACUGUUCCCACGCAGUUAGCAGUCUAGCUUCGAAUGCCCUGUUGACACCAAUAUCUAGCGGCUGGAGGUCUUUUGUCAAUCCACCCGGAAUGACGGCGAGUAUUGAAUUAAGCGCGUAAGCGUGUCUCUUAAUGUGAUGUUAUGAGCUAGCAAAUAUAACAACUACACUAUCCAGCAUGCAACGAUAGUGACGAGCAUGCGCGGUAGCCCUGAGAAGCGUUGUUGUAUGCUGGGAGUUAGAAUGUGGUUAUGAGCACGCUGUGAGUAAACGUUGAGAACUCAGUUAACACGCCUCGUCUGCAUUAUUUAUAAUUAGACAGACAACACACUUAAUAGGAGCCAUUUUGGGGUCUUUACAUAAACACACAAAUGAAAAUGAAACGUCACAUAUCCCAGCAUGCACCGCGCGCUUCUUCUACGGGGAAAAAAGAUGGCGGCUGUUUACCGUAGUUGCGAGACCUAAACUUUAUGAAAAUGAAUCUUAAUAUUUAUCCAUAUAUAAAGCGCACCGGGUUAAAAGGCGCACUGUCAGCUUUUGAGAAAAUUUGUGGUUUUUAGGUGCGGCUAAUAGUGCGGAAAAUACGGUAUAUAUAUAAA